AAUGUUUCUGAUGUCGUGUGCACUAAAUGCUGGCAUUUUCGGGGUGUAGUAACUUUUUGUAGCAGAGGAGAAUUGGGGUUCUACGUGUAUGUUUGUGGUUUGGCGGAGAGGGGGAAUACCGAGCGCUCGGAGUGGGGAUGCGAGCCGAUCAGUCGUUUGUGUGACAUAGCGCUGGAAGGUUCUCACUGCGUUCCACGCUCAAGUGUGUUGUGUUCAAUCGUAUUUAUUUUGCCAUAGGAUCUCUGAUACUAGUGAAACGAUUUUGUGAAACUUUUCUUUAAACAGGAGGCCUUUUUUUUUCGUAUCUGUGCUACAGUGAGGAGUGAUUGUGGAGUGAAUAUAGUGGUUUUUUUAGUGCUCUAUCCGGAUUACCCUCGCUCGGCAUUCUUACCGAUCUUGAACGUGUGUUUGUGGACUUUCGCUGAUCUCGGUGAAUUUUUUUAAAGAGAUGUCCUGCUAACGGAAAAUGUACCCCAGUGCAGGAAUGAAUGCUGCCGCGGCUGCUGCGGCAGUGGCUGCUCGUCAUCCGGGACCACCACAGCCAGGACAACCUUUCAAAUUCACAGUAGGAGAAUCAUGUGAUAGGAUAAAAGAAGAAUUUAAUUUUCUACAAGCACAAUACCAUAAUUUGAAAUUAGAAUGUGAAAAGUUAGCCAGUGAAAAAAUCGAGAUUCAGAGACAUUACGUAAUGUACUACGAAAUGUCUUACGGACUGAAUGUCGAAAUGCAUAAACAGACUGAAAUUGCCAAGAGACUGAAUGGUAUUAUAGCCCAAAUUCUGCCAUUUUUAUCCCAAGAUCACCAGCAACAAGUAGCUACAGCCGUGGAAAGGGCGAAGCAAGUCACAAUGUCAGAACUUAACGCAAUCAUAGGACAACAAAGACCAGACCUACCAAGACUCCUGCAGCAGAUGCAUGCGCAACAACUGCCAUCUCACGCAGCUCCCCCUUUACCAAUGAUGCCACAUCCUGGUCUGGCUGGAGCUCCACCAAGUUCUGCAGCUAGCCUUCUGGGUUUAUCCGGUGCACUAGGUGCACCAGGUCAACACCCUUUGGCCAUGCUGGCAGGGAAACCUGACAUGCAUAGAUCGGACGAUGUGAAAUCAAACAGCGGUAUCAACUCCGCAGAAGAGCGUCACAGGAACUCAAUCUCUCCAGGCGACAGAGAGAAAUACCGAUCUCGAACACCUCAAGAGAACGAACACAAGAAAGCAAAAAAGGAAGAUAAGGAUAUGGGCCACGUAAGUAUUAAACACAGCGACGGUGAGAAGAGCGAUCAGGAUCUAGUUGUAGACGACGCAUCUGAAGAUCCCGUAUCACCUCCGAACGGGACAGCGUCACCGAGGGAGAACGGUCUGGAUAAAAUGAACGCCAAGAAGGAUCACCCAGGUCCUCACAGCCCUAGGUCAGGUACGUCGAGUAACGCGUCUACCCCGUCGACCAAAAAGUUGGAUGGAGACAAACCGACCACCCCCAUCUCCAAACCGGUCACCCCAACGUCUGCUGCGGGCCCUUCGAGCGGCGCUGGAGGCUUGAAACCAGUCGUCAAGCCGCCAACGUUGGGGCAGUACCCUCCCUACCUGGCGGGCAUCUCAAACGGAGCAGCUCCCCAUGAACUACAGGCUGCGGCGGCAGCGGCUGCUGGAGCUUACGGUGGACUCCACAACAACCUGCCACCAGCCUUGAACAACUAUCCAAGACCGCCUCUUCAAGUUGGCUAUGAUCCCCAUUCCCAGAUGAGAGCCCCAGUUGUACCAGGACUUGGUAUACCCGGUGGUAAACCGGCCUACUCAUUUCAUGUGAGCGCAGAAGGUCAGAUGCAACCCGUGCCAUUUCCACCAGAUGCCUUAAUCGGACCUGGAAUACCGAGACAUGCGCGACAAAUUAACACCCUGAGCCAUGGUGAAGUUGUUUGCGCAGUCACUAUUUCAAACCCCACAAAAUACGUAUAUACAGGUGGAAAAGGAUGUGUAAAAGUUUGGGACAUAAGCCAGCCAGGCUCUAAAAGCCCUGUAUCCCAAUUAGAUUGCUUACAACGAGAUAAUUAUAUAAGAUCAGUGAAACUACUACCUGAUGGGAGGACACUUAUAGUCGGUGGUGAAGCCAGUAACCUUUCUAUAUGGGACCUUGCUAGCCCCACCCCGAGGAUCAAGGCCGAAUUAACCUCUAGCGCACCAGCCUGCUACGCCCUAGCCAUCAGUCCCGACUCCAAGGUCUGUUUUAGCUGCUGCAGCGACGGCAACAUUGCCGUGUGGGAUUUGCACAACCAGACGCUUGUUCGACAGUUCCAAGGCCAUACAGAUGGCGCCUCCUGCAUUGACAUUUCUGCAGAUGGCACCAAACUAUGGACAGGCGGCUUGGACAAUACUGUCCGUAGCUGGGACUUGAGAGAAGGCAGACAACUCCAACAGCAUGACUUUAGUUCGCAGAUCUUCUCACUUGGAUAUUGUCCUACCGGUGAAUGGCUUGCAGUAGGCAUGGAGAACUCCAACGUUGAAGUUCUGCAUGCAUCCAAACCAGACAAGUAUCAACUCCAUUUGCACGAGAGUUGCGUUCUGAGUUUGCGAUUUGCAGCGUGCGGUAAAUGGUUCGUAUCGACCGGCAAGGAUAACUUAUUGAACGCUUGGCGGACGCCGUAUGGUGCCAGUAUAUUCCAGUCUAAGGAGUCGUCGAGUGUGUUAAGCUGUGACAUUUCAGCGGAUGACAAAUACAUAGUUACAGGCUCUGGGGAUAAGAAGGCAACAGUCUACGAAGUGAUCUAUUGAAGCCAAUAGACUACUUAGCAGACUUGAAACGAAUUUGUGCAAGACUCGAGUAGAAUAAUAAAAGAAAUGUGAUACUUAUAUAUAAUUACUAUUUUCUGGUUGGAUUUUAUGAGUUGAUAAAAAUUUAAGUGAUCUGACUGUCGUUUCGUUAGUUUCGGUGAUCUCCAUGACAAUUUAACGAUAUAUAUAUAGUUAUCUGAUUUAUAUACAGAAUGAUUGGAACAAGUUGGUUAGUCAAUCCAACAAAUGAACUCUAGAUUGAAUGAUUUUACCUUUGAAUAUUGUAAAUACAAUUGACGAAAAUAAGCACACUGUUUUUUGUUAUUUAAUAUGUAGCGCAUUGUCCAGAAUGCAAAAACAAUACAAAGACAAAUGUAUAAUAUUAUAUAUUUGUAAUUAAUGCUAUUCCAGCGAAGUAUCUCGAUGUUGCUCCCACUACUUCGCAUGUGCAAAAUAGUACCUUUUUGUGUAUAUCAAUGUAUUUCCGUUUCUCCAACUAGAUAGCAUUUAAUACAUCUGAAUUUAUGUUAUAGAUUUGUAGAUACUGAAAAUUAUAUCCUUGUUUUUAUUUUCAUAUUUGAUAAAGUUAAGUCCCUUUUUUUUUGAUUUUUACUAAUUCAAUCGUCUUAAUAUUCUCAAUAUGAUGUCAAUAGAAUUGUUCAGUAUUUCGUAUUUUUUGUAAUGAAAGGUCAUCAACAAUGCAUACCUCAGCAUAACAAGAGAAACAAUAGCCCAGAUGUAUUUUUACCAGAAGUCGAAAAUAAAUUAUGUUAUUUUCAUUCUUAA